AUGGGGUGGUUUCGAUGGCUAUCUCUUUUAGGGUACAUCCAUUCAUGCAUGCUGAUGUUGCAUUCUCAACCAUCUGCUUGCUCGUCAUUCCCCUUCUCCUUCUUCCUUAAUCAAUCUUCUUCUUUUGCUGCUGCAACUGCUGUUGUUGCAGCUGCUGGCCAUCGUCUGCUAUGUCCCCAUGAAGAAGGUUUUGCUUUGCUCCAAUUCAGCCAAUUGUUUUCCAUUGAUGAUUUGUUUGCUCCUUCAGAAUGCCAACGUGGUCAUGCUUCCCACGCAAAGACGCUGUCCUGGAAGGAGGGGAGCGAUUGCUGCAACUGGCAUGGUGUCACCUGCGAUUAUGUCACUGGCCACGUAGUCGCCCUCGACCUGAGCUGCAGCCUGCUCUUCCUCAACUCCAACAACAUCAAUGGCAGCUCCCUCUUCUCCCUUCACCAUCUCCGCAAGCUCAAUCUUUCUCGCAACAACUUCAAUGGGUCACAAAUCUCACCUGAAUUUGGGCUUACUCUAACCAGUUUGACCCAUCUCAAUCUCUCCGACUCUGCAUUUGCAGGCCCCGUUCCCCCUGAACUAUCUCACCUUUCCGAACUGGUUUCCCUCGAUCUCUCUUACAAUCUGCUGACAUUUGAAGCUCGCAGCUUCAAAACCCUCCUUCAGAACCUGACUGAAAUAAGAGAGCUGUUCCUCAAUGGAAUCGACUUGUCUGGUAAUUCCUUCGCGAAUCUAUCUUCCACUUCUCUCACAUCUCUCCGUCUCUCUAAGACUGAGCUGCAAGGGGAAUUCCCAUUUGGCGAUAACAUUCUCAGAUUACCAAAACUUGAGGUGCUUGAUGUUUCCGGGAACCCUAAUCUCACCGGUCAUUUUCCUCCGAAUGUUGUGAACAUGACCAGUUCCCUGACGUAUCUGGAUCUCUCCAGCUGCAGCUUCUCUGGUCCAAUUCCUACAUUUCUACUUGGUAAUCUCACAAAACUCACCUAUUUAGAUCUUUCACACAACAAUUUCGUUGAUCAAAUUCCAGACUCUUUUGCUAAUCUUGAAAACCUAACAAUUUUGAGACUCAAUGAUAACAAUUUCAGCGGUGAGUUCCCAUCAUCAACGUCCAAUCUCUCACAACUUGAAGAAUUCGACUUGUCUAAUAAUCAAUUGACAGGCGCUCUUCCGUCUCAAGUAAGUGGGUUUUCAAAUCUCAUCUUGCUCGACUUGCAGAAUAACUCUCUCAAUGGCUUAAUACCAACUUGGUUAUUUGCUCUACCAUCCUUGUUGCACUUGUACCUUAGCCAAAAUCAACUCACAGGUCCCAUUCAUGAGUUUCAGUCUUUUGCAUUUGAAGAGAUAUAUUUGUCAAACAACCAGCUCAGUGGUCCCAUCCCAAAUUCAAUCUCUAAGCUCCAUAAUCUGACUCGUCUUUAUAUUUCAUCAAAUAAUUUGGAUGGCAUUCUUGAUCUCAAUUCUUUCUCGAAUCUCAAAGAGCUCAUUGUUAUUGAUCUUUCAUAUAAUAAGAAUUUGUCAUUGAAUGACACCAAUUUCAUUAGUCUUCCCCUACCCAAUUUAUCUGAACUAUAUUUGUCCUCCUGUAACAUAACUAAGUUUCCAAAUUUAAAAGGCUUGGAAACAUUGGGAUCUUUGGACCUCUCUGUCAACAAAAUCUCAGGAGACAUCCCCAAAUGGACAUUCAACAUGUGGAAUUAUUCCUUAUCUUACUUAAAUCUUUCUUUUAAUUUCUUGACACGUUUGAAUCAACAAUUGCUUCCGUGGAAUAAUUUGCAGUUUCUAGAUCUUCAAACGAAUUUGAUUCAUGGAGAACUUCCAAUUCCACCGCCAUCUAUGUCAUUCUAUUCAUUUUCAAACAAUAAAUUGACAGGAGAGAUCCCUUCAUUUUUUUGCAAUGCGAGUUACCUUGAAGUUCUUGAUUUGUCCGACAAUAGCUUAGGUGGAACAAUUCCGCCAUGCUUGGUAAACUUUAGUUAUAGACUUCAAGUGUUGAAUCUCCAUAUGAAUCAAUUUCAUGGCACCAUUCCUGAUAACUUUCCAGAGGGAUCACACACCUCUCCAUUUUUGCUCAGGAAUCUUGGCCUAAACGACAAUCGGUUAGAAGGACCAAUGCCACGAUCUAUGGUCAAUUGUUUGAAUUUAGAGGUUUUAGACAUUGGAAAUAACAAGAUAGAUGACACAUUCCCCUAUUGGCUGGAAAGCCUUCCGCAAUUGCACGUCCUUGUUAUGCGAUCCAAUAAAUUUCAUGGUGACAUAGUGAGUACUUCCAAGACACAAGUUUCUUUUCCUAAGUUGCGAGUCAUCGACUGCUCUUCAAAUCAUUUUACUGGUCUACUACCAUCAAAAUAUUUUGAAAGUUGGACAGACAUGAUGAAUGUUGAUGAAUUUAAAUAUAGAUUGAGCUAUAUUGGGGGCCCUGAAUAUUAUCAAGAUUCCAUAAUGGUGACAAUAAAAGGCUCUGAAAUUCAAAUGGAAAAAAUCCAAAUAAUUUUCACUGUUAUUGAUAUGUCAAAUAAUAAUUUUCGAGGAAAGAUUCCAACAAAUAUUGGAAAGUUUAAAUCACUUCGAGGGCUCAACUUUUCACACAACAACCUUGCAGGUGAUAUUCCAUUGUCAGUGGGAAAUUUGAUAGCACUUGAGUGGUUGGAUUUAUCUUCAAACAAGCUCAGGGGAGAGAUUCCUAAGCAAUUGAUAGGUUUGUCAUCUUUAGCAGUCUUAAAUCUCUCACAAAACCAACUUUCUGGGUCUAUUCCUCAUGGCAGCCAACUUGAUACAUUUUCAAACUCUUCAUAUUCUGGAAACUUGGGAUUGUGUGGGUUUCCUUUGUCAAAGACUUGCACAAAUGAUAAUACAACAGAACCACCUUCUUUCAUGUUCCAACAAGAUAACAAUUCUCAUUUGAUAAGUGGAUCCUUUUGGGAAGCUACAUUGAUAGGAUAUGGUUUUGGAAUAGUCGUUGGAUUGGUUGUGGGUUAUCUCAUGUUUAUAACGAGAAAACCUAAUUGGUUGGUAAAGGGAGUUGAAGGAGUUGGACAAAAGAAGGUAAAAAGGCUUAGGAGAAGCACCUAUAGAAGAGGAAGAGGAAUGUGA